AUGGACAAGAUUAGAGAGAGAAUGAACGCCCUCCGCGUCGAGGCGGACGAGGCUCAAUCGCAGGUCGAGGAGCUGAAGGCUAAGAUCAAGGCUUUGGAACAGGAGAACUUGGCCAAAGAGCAAGAGAUCACCUCGCUCACGCAUCGCAACCAACUCCUCGAGGCAGAGGUCGAAAAAGUCGAGGGUAACAUCAAAGAGUACAAAGACAAGGCCGAUGUCAGCGCCCAGCACGAUACUCAGAACGAAGCCCUCCAGAGGCGUCUCCAGCUGCUUGAAGAGGAGGCCGAAGAAGCUGAUAAGAAUCUGCGUGAGACUAACGAGAAGCUUCGCCAGACCGACGUCAAGGCCGGCCACUACGAGCGAAAGGUGCAAGCUCUGGAGGCCUCCAACAGUCAGUGGGAAACCAAAUACGAGGAGAUGGCCAAGAAAUACGCCGAUUUGCAGAAGGACUUGCAUGAGUUGGAGGUUUCUAUCAGCAAUGUUUAA